UGUGAAGCUGGAGGAAUGGAGAGCGUAAAGGAACCAAGAGAUGGUUAGAUUGUUUUAUCCCAUCGGGGACUUUGAAAAGGGAGGAAGAGAAGGAGCUAUUUAAUUUCCUUGCUUUAUAUUGAGAGGCGGAGAGAGAAACAAGGUGCAAUCCAUUAUGACUUCGUCCAUUGGUCACCUAUUCCAGAAGUAAGGUUCACCCAUACCAGCCAUUAGGAUGUCUCAACCUACGGGCAGCAAGGAACACUGGAAACCCUGGGAGUUCUCUGGGAUCAGCCGGCAGGAGCUGGCCCUGGCAGAGGCUCUUCAGAUGGAGUAUGAUGCCCUUUCGAGGCUUCGUCAGAGCAGCACUACAUCAAGAGAUGACGGCAAGCCCAAACACAUUAACAGCUUGCAGCUGAUUCCCUUUGAGGAGCCUUUAUUGGAUUACAGCCAACUCAGAAAUGACCGGAAUGUCAUUAAAGGGUCCCAUGGCCUGUCGGGGUCAGAUCCUGGUCUCAAUUACAGCAAAGGCUCCUCUUUGUCAAGUCGAGGCAUUGCGUGUUCUUCUACUACCUCAGUUCCUGCGCCUCCAGACCAUCAAUGUCAAGAGGACCCAGAAUACUACUCAUUGUGGAAGGAUGUUACUACAGCCACAACUGCCACCACCACCACCACAAACUCCUCCAUCAGUGGCUCCAUGCAACAACCAAUCCGUUCAGGGCUCCAAACCACUAAUGGGACAUCUUGCCAACAAGGAGAUUAUUCCAUCAUUGACUAUGCUCCACCAGUUCCACCACGAGUUCCUCUAGGCCCCAGUCGAAAUGCCACAUUAACAGACCAUUGGUCCAAGGGGCUGCCCAGUGACAGCAUCGAGAAAUUGACCAUACCUAACGACAUCAAUCUAUUUUCUCCCAGCAACGAUGACUCGAAUGGCAAAAUUGUAGAACCACCAAAUAUUUACUCUGGCCAAAGGAUUUCUGACGAAGAGUUUGAGUUGAUUGACUAUGACGACUUGAAUGAUGCCAUAACGAAGCUGAAUUUAAUGUCUACCUAUGGGGAAAAUACAAAGCUGAUAAGAGUUGGGAGCAUUGGCCCUAACUCCAUCUGCAAGAGAAAAGACAAGAAGGGGGAAACCUCUGGGAAACCAGUCAGUAGAAGUAAGACUCUCCCACCUCAGGUGCCUCCACGAACCUACAUGUCCAAAUAUGGAAACCAGAACAACGCUGUCUAUCAGGCCAAGAAUCGAAGGGUCUCCGUUGAUCCGGGGUCCUUGCAGCAGAGUUAUGAGUCGUGGAACUACGAACUACUAGAGGUUUCGGAAGAGAGGAAUGAAGAGGUUGCAGCGUUCUGUCAUAUGCUGGAUGUGCUCCGAAGCAACUACACCUGUGAUGGUGCAAAAAACAUGGGAUUAAUCUGGAGUCCGGUGGUCAUUCGAAAUGACCAACAUGGAGAUGGCAUCAGUUUGAAAGUUACUGUGUCUGCCAGCAGUCUUUCAGAACCACUUACAUUCACAUGUGAUGGGGGCUCCACAGUGGAUUUGGUCAUCUAUCAGACUCUAUGUUACAUAUAUGACAACCUUCGUGGCAUAAAUGUUGACAACUUUGUCUUGAAGAUCUGUGGAUUGGAAGAAUUCCUACAGAAUAAACACACGAUCGGGAGUCACAAAUAUGUUCAAUUUUGCCGUAAGUUUGAUGUGGACAUUAAGCUUUACCUGAUGGAGCUCAAAGCAGUUCGCAAGGAUCUGAUACAUACGGUCAAUGAUGACCAGAGUCAAUCAACUCUUAACCAUUUCAUACACCUGCAAGAGAGGCCCUUAAAACAGACGAUUACCAGGCAAGCUCUGACCCUCCUCUUUGACACCUAUCAAAAUGAGGUGGAUAACUUUCUGCUGGCUGAGGUCGAUCAUUCACAGAAGGCUGAGAGGGUGGUACAGUCUGUGAUGGCCAUUUGCAACGCACUUGCCUUAGUCGAAACACAGGAGAUUACCAAUGCCUUGAAUCAGCUGCCGCCCUGCCCCUCUCGGCUGCACCCCAGGAUACAGAAGGAUCCCAGCUCGCUGACAGUAAGAGAGAACAGAGCUAAAAUCGGGGAAGCUCUAACAGCUGCCAUCUUGGAUCUGGUGGAACUCUACUGCAACAGCUUCAACGCGGAUUUCCACACAGUGGUUCCGUGUCGGAAGGACGCGCAGACGCAGAGUGCUUCUCUCGUUGAUAGUCCUCUCAGUUUCACCAUCUAUGCAGCUCACAGAAUUCCCAUCUCAUGGGCAACUAGUUAUGAAGAUUUUUAUUUGUCGUGUGGUCUCAGUCAUGGUGGGAAGGAGCUAUGCAGUCAACUGCAGACCAAGAAAGCUCACGUCUACAAGUACCUCUUCCAUCUCCUUAUAUGGGACCAGAACAUCUGUUUUCCCAUUAAUAUUAAUCAGCUGCCUCGAGAGACCCUCUUGACACUGACACUGUAUGCGUUUCCUGUCCCUGCUCCUGGGAGCUCAUCUGAAGGCAGCAAACAGCGGCGCACGGCGGAAGCAAUGGGAUGGGUGACCAUGCCCCUCUUCAACUUCAGGCAUGUGCUGUCAUGUGGUAGAAAGCUGCUUGGGCUAUGGCCAUCCUGCCAACGAACCAUCCUCACCACAUUGACUGCCUGCAAUUUCAUCCAGCCAGAUAGUGUCAUCUUACAGAUUGACUUUCCUACUUCUGCGUUUGAAGUCAAGUUCAUAACCCCUCCCCCAGCAGAAUUCAGUCCCAAAUAUGACUUCAGUAGCCUGGAUGAUGCAUCGAGGAAGUCCCUGAAGGAAGUGAUGCAGAAGAAGUCCCUCUUCUGGCUGACAGAAGCAGACAGGAAGCUGUUGUGGGAGAAGCGAUAUUACUGCCAUUCAGAAUGCAGCUGCUUACCUCUGGUGCUCGCCAGCGCCCCCAGCUGGGAGUGGGCCUGCCUGCCCGAUAUCUACACCUUACUCAAACAAUGGAAUUGUCUUGGCCAUCUGGAUGCCUUGGGUCUGCUCCAUGCUACAUUUCCUGAUCAGGAGCUGCGCCAUACUGCAGUACAAUGGAUGGAGACUAUGUCCAUGUCAGAGUUGGUGGACUUCCUACCUCAGUUAGUACAAGCCCUGAAGUUUGAGUGUUACCUGGACAGUCCUCUGGUGAGGUUUCUGCUGCGGAGAGCCAUCUGCGAUGUGAAAAUCGCCCAUUAUUUCUACUGGUUAUUGAAGGAUGCAUUAAAUGACUCUCAUUUCAAUGCCCGAUACCAGCAUCUUCUUGGGGCCUUGCUGUGCUGUGUCGGAAAGGGCAUGAGGGAAGAGUUUGACAAGCAGACCAAACUAACUCAUAUCCUGGCUAAAAUAGCACAGAAAGUCAGAGACAUUGCUCCAUCUUCACGCCAGAGUGUACUACGGGAAAACAUGGAGGAAAUUCAACAAUUCUUCAAUGUUCAGGAUCACUGUCGCUUGCCUUUGAACCCAAGUCUUUUAGCCAAUGGAGUCAAUCCAAAAGCUUGUUCUUUCUUCAAUUCCAAUGCAGUUCCUUUGAAGAUCUCCUUCAUCAAUGCAGACCCUUUGGGGGAUAACAUUAAUGUCAUUGUAAAGACUGGGGAUGACUUGCGCCAGGACAUGCUAACACUUCAGAUGAUCCACAUCAUGAACAAGAUUUGGAUUCAAGAAGGCCUGGACAUGCGCAUGAUCUUCUUCAAGUGUACCUCAACAGGAUGGGGACGAGGAAUGGUGGAGAUGAUUCCGAAUGCAGAGACCUUGCGGAAAAUCCAGGUGGAGCACGGGGUAACAGGGUCUUUCAAAGACCAUCCACUGGCAGAAUGGUUACAGAAACAUAACCCAAAUGAGGAGGAAUACGAGAAGGCUGUGGAAAAUUUCAUCUAUUCUUGCGCGGGCUGCUGUGUUGCCACCUACGUCCUGGGCAUAUGUGACAGACAUAAUGACAAUAUCAUGCUGAAGCCCAGUGGCCAUAUGUUCCAUAUUGAUUUUGGCAAAUUCCUCGGCCAUGCCCAAAUGCUAGGCAACUUUAAGAGAGAUCGAGCUCCAUUUGUCUUCACCUCAGACAUGGCAUAUGUCAUUAACGGCGGUGACAAACCCUCCAGCCGGUUCCAUGACUUUGUUGACCUAUGCUGUCAAGCUUACAAUCUCAUCCGCAAACACACAGACCUGUUCCUCAAUCUCCUGGGACUGAUGCUCUCCUGUGGAAUUCCAGAGCUGUCUGAUAUCCAAGACCUGAGAUAUGUUUAUGAUGCUCUUCGUCCUCAGGAGACGGACGCCCAUGCAACUACCUACUUCACAAGGCUAAUUGAAUCCAGUCUGGGCAGCGUAGCAACCAAACUCAACUUCUUCCUUCACAACCUGGCCCAGAUGAAGUUUUCUAAUACAGAUGAUCGUCCAACACUCUCCUACACUCCAAAAACAUACACUAUGAAGACCGAUGGGAAAAUCAAGGAAGUGUUUGUGUGUCGACAUCAGAAGAUAUUCAACCCCAAUAAAGGAUAUGCUUAUGUUGUGAAAGUCGAGCGGGAGGGACAGCACGAUGCUGUGUUCAUACUGAGGACCUUUGAGGAGUUUAAUGAGCUCCACAAUAAACUCCGUCUCCUUUUCCCUUCAUCCAAAUUGCCAAGCUUCCCAAGCAGGUUUGUGCUUGGCCGAGGUGAGGCAAUGGCUGACAGACGCAAGGAGGAACUGGAUGGUUAUAUCUGGCAUUUAAUCCACUCUCCUCCUGAGGUGGCUGAGUGUGAUCUGGUCUACACAUUCUUCCACCCACUUCCAAAGGAUGACAAGUCCGGAGCUGGAAACACUGUGCCAAAGCCAACAGAUGUCCCUCCAACACCACCAAUGGGGAAGGUUGGCGGAGAGGUGAAGCUGUCCAUCUCAUACAAGAAUGACAAGCUUUUUAUUAUGGUGAUGCACAUUCGAGGCCUGGUUUUGCAGGAUGGGACUGAUCCAGAUCCUUAUGUCAAAAUCUACUUACUGCCGGACCCUCAGAAAACCAGCAAGCGAAAGACUAAAGUGGCUCGAAAGACUUGUAACCCAACGUAUAAUGAAAUGUUGGUAUAUGAUGGUAUUCCCAAAGGCGAUGUGCAGCAGCGGGUUAUCCACUUGCGUGUGCUGAGUGAGGAAGCAUUCCGGGAAAACAUAAUGCUCGGGGAGGUGUACAUUAAGCUCAAGGACUUCAACCUAAACCAGAAAAUUGUUGGCUGGUAUCACCUGGGAUCAACGACCCCGCAAGGCACUUUGUUCUAAGUACUUAGUGAUGUCACUAAAGGCUCUCUGUUGGACCUCAACUGAGAUGCGGGUUUGGAGGGGGUAGGGGGAGAACAAAUAACAAGGAAUAAUCGGUUGUGUUUCCUUUGUUUUGUUUUUAUUUGUGAACUGACUUGAUGAGGAGGUUAAGAUAUUCAAACAUUGUUUUUGAGCCUCUUCAUUUUGGAAUGUGUUAAAGAGACACAGCCCUCAAACUCGAGGAUUACUGGGCAUGAUAUUGCAUGCGUCAAGAGAUGCAAACUGUUUGCUCCCAAGUUGUGUAUUAUUACACUAUGAAAAUGAAGGUAAAUAUUUGAACUGUUUAUAUGCUUUUAAACUGUGCUAUGGGCGACCAUGUCAUAAUGAAGGACUGACCCCAAUUUUUUUGCACUAAACACAAACAAGAGGAAGGAGAAACCCUCCAGGAAUUGAUCAAAGUCCAGGACUGUAACACAACAGAGAGGAGAUUGUCAACGUUCAGACCACAAUCAGCUUAUUCACGUAUUCUCUCUGCCUCAAGUGUCUCUCGUGUCCCCAGCUGAGAAGUGUGUAGCUCGUAUUUUGGUGACUUUGGGGUUUGAAUGAAGCCACUUAAUGUAAGAGAAGCACUGAGAGGCCAGAUUGCUCACCUUGUGUUAUGGCACAUCUAGCAACCUAUGAGCAGGGGUAGACCAUUCAGCCUCUCAGGCCUCAAUCCAUCUUAAUAGCACCCUGCCAUGCAAAACCUAUUGGGGUAGAAAUUGGCCUUGAGCAGUAUGCACUAAAUGGGCGGAAUCACACCGACUGCCUGAUAUUCAGUUCCCUUGAAACCAGUGGAACAGACUGUUGAAUGAGCUGUAUAACAGGCAACCCAUUUAUUAUCACACAGGAUGUAUUCUUACCCCAUCGUAUCUCUUUCCUCGAUUGGAGGGUGGAAGAGGAAAGAGCAACUUUAAUCAGGCAAGAUUGUGCUUGGACAGAACAAAUCUUGUUAAUCCAGAAAUGGUGGUUAUCUUAACAAAACCAUCAGAUUAGUUGUGUGAGCUUGUUCAGUUGUGCUGCAAAUGGUGCAACUGAAGGAGUACUGCUUGCGUUAAAAGGUUGAUGCAAAGUUAUCUGAUUUCAGUCAGGUGGUCAAAAAGCUAAGGCACCAUAAAGACCAAGAAGAUCCUAAGUUCAAUACAUGUUGAGUUCAAUAUAUGUUGAGUUAAUUGGUUUCAGCCAGGUUAGCAACUGAAGCAAUAUAAUUGGCCUUAGCAGCCCUGGGCUAGGGAUGAAGAGGGAGCAGUGUUUUAGCUAAAGUUCUUGGUGAUUUCUGGUCAAUGACUCUUACUCAAAGAUAAAUGUAGAAGGAGAAGGAGAGAUCAGUUUUGACUGCUAUUUCCAUGGUCAAAAAGCCUGCCGAAACUCACCACUACUUCUUGUGCAUGACUGCCAACACUUACUGACCUGAUUUGUAUGAUUUACAUGGGUCAAGAAUUGGAGGACAUGAACAUCCAAUGCAGUCUUUCUGUCUGAUCAGUAAUGGGUCUUUUGAUGAGGUUGUAUCAGGUCACUGUCAUGAUUAAUCAAUCAGAAUAGACUUGCUCAUUACAAAAUGAAAUGAGCAUUCAUUUAUGUUAACAUUAUUGCCCUUGCCACUGGAUUUCCGCACUAGAUUAAAACCUGCGAAACUAAGUGUAGUCUUGAUUGCAGCAUGCGACUAAGAUCCACACAGUGUUGAAGUCUGUAAGACUUUGGGGAUCCUGGUUUAAAAUAAUGAUCUGGAAAGUCUUCCUUUCCUGACAUAGAAGUCCACUGAUAGAAAUAACACUGUUCCUUGUGUCUUGUACUUUCCUCCUCUACCUCUGUGUUGUGCAGGGGCCACUACCUUAAAGAGGUACUUCCAUCUCGUUGGAGGCAGAAAUAGCAUGUGGCAAACCUGAAAAUGGCCAAGGAAUGGGGGAGGGGGGCAUUCAACUCCUCAAGCGUGUCCUACCAUUUGGAUAGAUUAUGGUUGAUCUGUACCUUAACUCCUUAUACCCAUGCUAGUUCCAUAACCCUCCAUACUUGUACCCACAAAAAUCUAUCCAUUUCGGUUCGAAAUUUUCUUUUGGCAACCAUCCUCAACAACAUUUUUCGGGGAGAGAGUUCCAGACUGUGUAUCCCUUGUGUACACAAUAUCUAGUGUGUAACGGUGGGGAAAGCAACUGCUGAACCAGAUACUACGGGUGUAUGCAGGGUGAACUCUGUGACCUGAUCUUUUUUAGCACCAUUUGUUAUGUUUAGUUUUAUUUAAAACGUGAUGCUAUCACUUCUCCCUUCUAUAGUAUUAGGAAAGAGUUUACCAGAUCCCUAAGUGUCAACAACACAUGAACUUUCUCCUUUAAAGCAGCUAACUUCUCUCACAUUUCACACUGAUGGCAAAGGUUAUGUAAAUUACCUAAUGUUUCAUUGAUAAGAACACUGCUGUAGCAUGUGGCAGUGCCAUACCUGGUCCCCCCUCCCCUUUCUGUAUUGUAGAAUGUGCUGUGAAUGAGCUAGAUUCACUAUUAGACACAAUACAUGAAUCUUCGAUUAUAGAGACGAGGUGACACUUGUUUGCCUGAUCCUUCACUGGGGAUUUAAUUCCCGAUUGAACUAAGCUGAGACUGUUGAUAUACCCCUUUCAUUACAUGCAGGACAGUCCUAGAUGUGGAGCUUGGCUUUGUUUCUGUUAAGGAUAUUUGAACCAGCUGCUCUCCUCACAUUCCACCUCACCUCCCACUACCUUUUUUGCUACACAGCUACGAAAGAAGCUUUGUGAAAUUCUCAUGCUUUGUUUCAGUUUACCUUUGUACAUAAGGAAAAGCACCACAGUCUCCUACUGAGAUGUCCUUUUUAAUUAACCCUGGUGGAAGUAAUUUUGUAAGAUUUGUUUGCAAAUCUUUGUUGCCUGUAAGUAAUUUACUUUUUUUGAUUGAUACACAAGGCUGUUGUUGUAUAUUUAAUAAUAAGUUUUAAAAAUUG